AUGAAGUCCAACGCGCUACUUGUCGCCAUUGGCGCCUUCUCUGGCGUCUCCAUUGCCAGAGAGCUGGAGCCCAGCGCCGAGCUGUCAGCCUGGUAUGAUACCGGCGCGGCUCAUCAAGAGAGCAUGGAGCACAAGAUCGCCCAAUGGGAACAAGCCGAGGCCGAAGGAAAGUUCGAUUCGACUCAGUGGACGGGUCGCGUCAAAGACUAUCUCGCAUGCAAGGAUGGCAAGGUAGAACUCGUCAAGGGCGACCCUCUUCAGACGUUCCGAUGCAAGGAUCUCGACCUCUAUGACUUUCAACCUCACGCAGCGUUUGGCAACUCAACCGGUAGAGGUUCAGGGUCGUGGGGAUGGACGGCACCAAACGGCCGGGAGUUCUCUGCCAUUGGACAGCUCGAUGGCACCGCUUUUGCCGAAGUCUCGAAGCAGGGCAAACUGAUAUAUCUCGGAAAAUUGCCGUACUUCUCCGAGCCAAGCAGAUGGCGUGAGAUCAAAGCUUACAAGAACUAUCUCGUCGUCGGUAGCGAGGCGCCUGGUCAUGGAAUCCAAUUCUUUGACUUGCGCAAGGUGAGCUACGGACUAAUACCGCUUCAGCUUCUCGACAUUGACCCCAAGAACCCCGUUGUCUUCUCCAAUGAGAAGGAUUUGACGGCUCAUUGGACCGAAGCUUUACCCCUUGGUCGCAGCCACAACGUCGUUGUCAACGAGGAAAAGGGAUAUGCCGUUGCCGUCGGCGCUCAGCCUCGUCGCAACCUUCCCUGCGACUCUGGCCUGCAGUUCCUCGAUCUCGCCGACAUCAACAACCCUCUCUACCUGGGUUGCGCGGCUGGCGAUGGCUAUGUUCAUGACGCGCAGUGCAUCGUGUACCGUGGACCUGAUGUCAAGUACUGGGGUCGCGACAUCUGUUAUGGCUACAACGAAGAUACCUUGACCAUCUACGAUGUGACCGAGAAGAACAGCACCAACGUCAUCUCUCGUACCACUUACGAGGGUGCGACCUACACUCACCAGGGCUGGGUUAUUGACCCCAACUGGCAGGACUUCUUGGUUUUGGACGACGAGAUUGACGAGAGAAACAAGACUGGCCCGGCGGCUGACGGUUUCCCUGUGACCUACUUCUGGGACAUCAGAUCCCUUGAGAAACCCAAGAACUCUGGCAUUUUCAAGGGUACUGUGCGGAGUGUCGACCACAACCAAUUCAUCCACCGCGGUCUGGCGUACCAGAGCAACUAUGGUGCUGGGCUUCGUAUCCUGGACAUCUCAUCCAUUCGAUGGGAUCCCACAGCCAAGAACGUCAAGGAGAUUGCCUACUUUGAUAUCUUCCCAGAAGAUGAUAAUGAGCCUGGCGGUGGAGCAAACAACUACACUGGUACUUGGAGCCAUUAUCCGUACUUCAAAAGUGGCUACAUUGUCAUCAACACUAUUGAACGUGGCGUUUGGGUUGUGAAACGAUCCAACCCCUGGUGGUGGCCAUGGUAA